UCUGUUUCAGGUUCUGAUUUUGUUUCUGGUUCUGUUUCUGUUUCUCAUUAUGAUUCUCAAUUUGUUUCUUUUUUUGUUUCUCUUUCUGUUUUUGUUUCUGGCUCUGAUUCUGUUUCUGAUUCUGUUUUUGUUACUGAUUAUGAUUCUCAAUUUGUUUCUGUUUCUUGUUCUGUUUAUGUUUCUUGUUCUGUUUUUGUUUCUUGUUCCGUUUCUGUUUCUGGUUCUUUUUCUGUUUAUCUUUCUGUUUUUCUUUCUGUUUUUCUUUCUGUUUCUGUUUUUGUUCAAGUUUAUGUUUAUGUUUAUGCUUCUGUUUCUGUUUCUGUUUCUGUAAUGGUUACUGUUUCUGGCUCCUUUUCUGGUUAUAUUUCGGAUUCUGUUUCUGUUUCUGUUUCUUGUUCUGUUUUUCUGUCUGUUUCAGUUUAUGAUUCUGUUUCUGGUUCUGUUUCUGAUUAUGAUUCUCAAUUUGUUUCUAUUUUGUUACUCUUUUUUCUUUCUGUUUCUUGCUCUGAUUCUGUUUUUGAUUCUGAUUCUGUUUCUGUUACUGAUUAUGAUUCUCAAUUUGUUUCUGUUUCUUGUUCUGUUUAUGUUUCUUGUUCUGUUUUUGUUUCUUGUUCUGUUUCUGUUUCUGUUUAUGUUUAUGUUUAUGCUUCUGUUUCUGUUUCUGUUUCUGUAAUGGUUACUGUUUCUGGCUCCUUUUCUGGUUAUAUUUCGGUUUCUGUUUCUGUUUCUUGUUCUGUUUUUCUGUCUGUUUCAGGUUCUGAUUUUGUUUCUGGUUCUGUUUCUGUUUCUCAUUAUGAUUCUCAAUUUGUUUCUAUUUUUGUUUCUCUUUCUGUUUCUGUUUCUGGCUCUGAUUCUCUUUCUGAUUCUGUUUUUGAUACUGAUUAUGAUUCUCAAUUUGUUUCUGUUUCUUGUUCUGUUUAUGUUUCUUGUUCUGUUUUUGUUUCU